CGGUUCCGCUGAAACAUCAUGUGAGCCGAUCUAGCGUCCUUAGUUUCAUGAAUUCUGAGAGUUGAAUUUUGCAGUUUUUGCAUCCAAGAGAGAGAAAUCAAAAGUAGCCACAUUAGCUUCAAGUUGACUCAGACAUUUUGAUCGUUCAUGGUAGAUUGAGAGCAGUUCAUCAUGGCAUUGACCAACCUGAUCCCAGCUCGUUUCUUGUGCCUCAUAGCUCACCUUGUUAUCACUGUCACUCUCAUCUGGUCGAGGGAUGCCAAUGUGCGAGCUUGUCUUUCUGAAACAUAUACAGACACAGAGUACAACUCAGCUGAUGUGUCAUUGAUCAUAGGUCUGUCUCUGAGUAUUUUGUUCCUGGUCAUUGAGAUCAUCGGCUUCAUGUCAGGGGUCUCCAUGUUCAUUCAUCCAGUGGGCCUCUUGUCCACUGCCUGUCAUGCGAGUGCAGCCAUUGCUCUGUCCUUGUAUCUGUUUGAGGAGUGGCCAUGCUACAUAUUCUGGUACAUCUUUGGCUUCUGCAGUGCCUUUCCAGCUGUUGUUGAGAUAGGAGUUUUGAUAGCUGUGCUUGGCCUCAAGAAAGUCAGGUGAUGAUGUCACAUGACUUCAGAAAGUCAGGUGAUAACUGAUAAUCCCAACAUAUUAUAGUGAAUCAACUGCCAAAACUGACAAACAUGAAAAAGGAUGUCUCUAGAUACAACUUUUUAUGGAGGUUCUUAUCACUGUGCCUAGACUGUAGAAUGUCAGGUGAUGAUGUCACAUGAUCCCGGCUGUCAUGUGAUCAUCCCACAACAAGAUCAUCGUGUCAACUGCCAAAACUGACACAUUGGAAAAGAGAUCUCUUUAUCUAAGCUUUCCUUGGGAGUUUAACCGCUGUGUUUCAAUUGGAGGAAGUCAAGUGAUGAUGUUUGCAAGCUCCUGGAAAGUAAGGUCAUCAUCACACUAUGGGAGCAUUGUAUCAAUUGCCUUAACUGGCAUAUGGGUGAAGAGAUCUCAAGACCUAAGUUUGUCUGAGGAGUUUGAUCGCAGGGCUUUGGUCGGAGAUAGCCAGGUUAUAACAUCAUGGCAAGCAAAUGAAGAGGCCUCCUUCGCAUCAACAUGUAACUCUGAUCUAAUUGAUGAGACUGUUCUAUAGACGCGAUGGCUAUGUGGUAGAGCAUUGGUCACAUAACCUAGAGAUCCUGGUUUGAAACCAAGUCAAUGCGCUAGUGCCUUUUAGUAAGGCAUUACUCUUUAUUACCAAGUCCGUCGUCGUCGGUCCCCCGGUUGCUUACUUACAUGUACAUCCGACAUCUUGUGGAGGAGUUUGUUGUUGAAAUCCUCCAUUCAUUAGGUACUUCACAUGAACUGCAUUCAUGAAACCAUUUUUGCUUUUUCAGCCAAGAAUUAAGUUAUUGAAAUUUGUUUACAAUAUAUUGUAAAGCAUAGUUGUGUUCAUGGAUUAAAACAUUUAAAAACCUUUAAUACAGAAAAA